GAUGGAGUCCGCUAAAAGCUCGGAAUUUAUGAUUUCCGAAAUCAAGUUUGGUAAAAGUAAACUUUCCAAAGAAAGAGUUGUCACAAUUUCCUUGCUAACUAUUGCUUUCAUAUUCAUGAUCGUUGGCAUCGUGUUGAUGGCGGUUGCAGCGUCUGAAAAGAAAGUUGAUAAGGAAUAUGCAUCUCCUUCCUCUUCUGUAAAGCAAGUUGGUAAGGAAUGUGCAUCUCCUUCUUCUUCUUCAAAUCAAGAAGGACAGGUGCGUUCUACCCCAACUGCCAUCACAAAGGCUUUAACGACAAUGGCACCCUCUAGCAGGUGUGGUUUUUCAAAAGAAGCUCGAAAAGCCGGCCUUGCCGAUUUUCUCGAUCGCGUUAAAUCAACCUACUACAAACUUCAUCCUUAUGAUGUUUUUUAUGACCCAGAUGUCACAACCGAUCAUGUAAAAAAGGAAUACGUUGCCUACGAUCCAACGCCAUCUGUGAUCAAAAACCGCACGGACACCGCUCUGGCGUUGCUGAAAGAGAUAAACAACAAACGAAUCAACACAUUCAUGUUGAAGCCCCGGGAGAAGAAGGCGUUGGCACAAGUGAAGCACUAUCUUCAGCAUAUGUUCGGCAAACCUUACGGUGCAAACUACUACUCAGGGGACUGGAUGAUGGGGCCAAAUUUGUACUGCAUGCAGGAAAUCUGCGAUCGCGGAAACGCUGUUUACAAUGGAAUUGGACAACAUCACAAGCCACAUAGCGUACGUGAUGUAAGAGACAUUAAAAGAAAACUGGAAACCCACCAGCAAAGUUUUUUACAGUAUAUCAUGAACAUGAAGAUGGGUAUUCGCGCAGGAAUGGUUCGAAGUAAGGAAGCAUGUAAAGCAGGCCUUGAUGCGAUUAGGAAGAAAUACUUGAAAAUUCAUCUUGACAAUGAGACAGGUGAGUCGUCUUGGUUAUCGAUAAGUGUACUGACAUGCCCUUAGAACUAUACACUUUGAAUGUUCUUCUACUUGGUAGAAAAAAAGUAGGUUGUAAUGCUAUUUUGACUUUUUAAAGCUUUGUCCCGUAAUUAUCUUUCCGGCAGAAUUAAACUGAAAAACUAAAUAUACAGCUAAAUAGAAAAACUACGUUAUGUUAAUUCAGAUUUGAAAACUUUUAUUUAAAGCCAUGCAGCAGUACAAUUUUACACGUUGCAUAUAUGUAUAUAUAUUUACUACAAAUAAUCACAUCCACGUACGUGAAAAGGAAAUACUUCUGAUACUUCAGUUCAGGUUACCGCACUGUACUAGGGUGUAUUUUUAAGAGGUAAGGCCAUUUUUAGUUUUUCGCUUUUUUUAAAAUCGACACUAAAAGUCAAGGUCUAUGCCAGUGGCUCUUUCGACUGAUUCUUGAUUCUUCCAGACUCUUCCGGGCGAGGGAGAAAGAUCGAUUGUGCAGUGAGUGUCGAGUGAGUGAUGUGGACGCUUAAAUCUAAUUAGCCACUUCCAGGCGCUCGGACUCGGCCCCAGUGAUCUGACCGCCGCGCUCUACUAUCUGAACGCCUGCAACAGGUUUAAAUCUAAUGCCCAGGCUGAAUACAGCCGUACACAGACGAAUCGAGCAUUCUAGUGCCUCUGAACGAGUUGGUGUAGAGUUUUGUAAAAACAUUCUUUGGGACAUUUGCUAUCGGAAUAUGGUCAAAAAGGUCUUUCAUCUUUGGGCGAUAUUUAACAAUCAUUCCUCGAGCCCGAAUGGGCUCUGAGUCAAUAGCCCAUGAGGCCGAAGGCGGAAUGGGCUAUUGACUCAGAGGCCAUGUGGGUGAGAGGAAUAAUUGUUUUUAAUAGAAUCGCAUAAUAGAGUAAAAUGUGGAACUGCGAGUUGAAAACGAGGCUAAGCGAUAUUGUUUCGCAUCUACGUAACAAUGAUCGUCAAAUUCUAACACAAAAACUGCAAAAGAGGUUUCCUACAAUAUCAUUUGAAAAUGUUUUCAAAACCAUUGUCACCUUUUGAACAGUUAAAAACAAAAAAAAAGCUUUUUUUAAAGUGAGCCGGAGGUUCUUCCUUGUUUUGAACUGAACUACAAAUUCUCCGGAGAGGCAUAAAAAACCUCUUUCGCUCGCGAUAACGACAAAACAAAAAAAUCAUGUGAAUACAGCCCAGACAAUGGCAAGCCAAAGUUCAACAAAAACAAAACGGAGAAGCGACAACGGAGGAAGUGCCAGGGUCGAUUGUCACAUAUACAGAAGAAGAAAAAAAAAACCUUCAAAGAAGACAUGGCCCCUGAAAACACCAAAAAGAGUACGCCGCUUGCAAUCGUCCUGAAUGGUGGUACUUAGAAAAGUACAACUGUGCUGAACUUGAACAGCAUUUCUAAAACAUUUCAAGGUACUUACCUUAUAUUAAUCGCGACGUUUAACUUUCAGUGCUUUCGCUUGGACACUUUAUUUCUUUCAGUUUUUCCGCCGAAGAGGCAAAAGGUGUAAAGCACUUUCAUUCUCGAGCAAAUGACCAAUUUGAAAAAAGAUGUCAUAGAUAAACGGCUUUUAAAUUCAGUGAAAUACCUCUAUUUAUCCUUACGAUUAGUGUGAGGCUUGUUUACACGUAAAAAAGUUUUAAAACAAAUGUAAAAACAAGCACGAGGUACAAAAAAAGUUGUCGAAGGUUCAAACGUGUUAGAGUGACUGACCUUGCUAGCUCUUGCUUCCUAUUCGCUAAAGCAAUGACAGUUCUGACAGUUGACUUUAAAAUGGCUUUCUGGAGCGCGCACUCAGGAUAAAAACAAACAAUUUUACUGCUGUUUUCUUUUUUUUCUGAUUUUUAUUCAAUUAUGUGAUUCAAGGAAAAUCCAUUACCUGACUCGUGAAUUCCACGUUAAAUUGCACUUAAAAACCGAUAUCGCACUCAUCGCGAUAUCGGUUUUCUCGGGCAAUUUAACGUGGAAUUCACGAGUCAGGUAACGAAUUUUCCUAUAAAAUCCGACUAGUUGGUCAAAAUUAUCGAGACAAAACAACUUUAGCUAGUUAAAGCGAGACUUUAAUCCUUUUUUGCCGCCAAAACGCUGGCGCUUUUCAUAACAUAUAGCCUGGUAGUAGCUCAACCAAUCAGAAUUCAGCAUUGAUAAUAGACCACUAGUUGGAUUUUACUAAAUAACAAUUAUUCACCGAAGUGGAGGUGGCUAGUCCUGGAUGUUUACCGAACUGCGCAGCAGUGAGGUAAAUAUCCACGACUAGCCACCGACACUGAGGUGAAUAAUUGUCUUAGUAUCUACUAAAACAGUGAGAUAAUUGAGCACAAAAAUGACGAUUUUUAACUGAAAUACUGUUGCCAACCAUUACAAUUUUGGCGCGUAAUGACCGGGCGGCUGCGGCCGUCGCUUUUUCUUGCCGACAAUUAAAACUUUUGAAGGCAUUUGUUUAGCUCUUGCGGGGAAAUUUCUUCAAAAGGAGUUGUGAAUUCUUUUUGUAUUUAAAAUCAUUCUAUAAAAAAAGAUUAUUAAAUUUAGUUUUAAGCUUUUUUAUGAACAACUCAAAUAAACAAAGCAAGCAAGACUUAAACUUAAUUUGCAUUUGUAAACAAAAACUUUUUCACCGGUUUUAUCGAUAAAUUCGUGUCAAAAAGACAAAGCUUUACCUGUUAAAACAUCCAAUCUGAACUUCGUCACCUUCUUCGUGUAUUUCGGAAACAGCUUGCUUGAUUAGUUGUGAAAUUUCUUUGUUUGUUUACGGCAGCAAACCCGGGAAGGCAUUUUGCUCGCAACUUACCCGAGUUUGGCGUUGCUCGCUCGGAGGAACUGGAGGUGAAUCAGUGAAUAGUGCAGGAUAUUCACUGACUGAGUACUGUUUUAGUAUAUACUAAGAGCAAAUAUGCGGCGAUGAACAGGAGGGCAUUUUGCAUGCGCAUGCGUGAAUCCGCUGAAUGACAAUAGCGUGGGCUCAUCAAAUCUGAUGGCGGGAAAUCGAAAACUCGCGCGUAAAGUUACAGUCCUUUUAAAAGCCAUUUCGUUGGUGCUUUGAAUACCGCACUUUCCUUCAAAAAAUAUUCUCCAUCACAAAAAUCAGACGUUUUCUACGCGGGUUUUCACUUGUAGAUUUUUCAGCAGUAGGUUUCCUUGGCCUUUUAAAGACUUUCAAGACUCAACGCCAAAAAGUCAUGUUCCUGUAUAAGUCUGAUUUUCACUGGCAAAGCAAUGCAUUUCCAUGGUUUGAUUUCCAAACUCGUGGUUUUACACAUCAGGGAGGAAAUGCAUCGUAGCAAUGUUCAGCUGCUUUAGGGCAAAAAGCGAAAAAAAAAAUUACCACGCAAGGUUUAUUUAUUAGCGCGAUGUCUCAUGUUAAACUGAUCGCGAAGACAAGCGUUUAUAUAUGCCACAAAAACGUGAAAUCUAUGGGGUUUUUACAGUUUUUUGAAAGUUUUCGCGGAAAAAUUUAUAAAAAAUAUUCUAUAGGAAAUGAAGAAUGGACUGAGCUUGAGACAAUUACAAGUGAUUAGGUAGAACAUAAUCACUUGAGCAUUUCUAAGCUCAGUUGCAGACAAAACGAAUGCACGCAUACUCGGAAAAAACGAACAGUACUUUUAUUUUUCUUUAACUCUAUAGAUACAAAGAUUUUUCCUAAGCUACUAUUUUGAAAGUACUCUUGAGUGACAGCUCCUGUGCUCCACAAUCGAUUUCUUGUUAUUAAUCUGUAUUUGAUGACAGUAGUGAUCCAGUCAAAACAGAGAAUGGCCAUCACUCCAUAUAAAUCUAAAUGACGAUGUUGUUCACCUUCAAAGCCUGUUUGAACAUAAGAUAGGAAGUUUGUUAAAGGGUGCAUAUAAUGCUGUUUCCUCAAAAAAAUAAAUACUUCUGCUAAAGGACCCAAAUGAGCUGGGAUGCGACAACAAACAUGACACAAAUGGAUGGAUAAAUUUGUCUGUUCUUAAUGUUUCUGUUGAGAGCGUUUUACUGUAUCCAGAUGAACCCCUUAUGUAAGUUGUACAUCAUGGAAGAAUUAUCAAGCAGAAACUGAUGUACUAAACAAGAAUGUGGUUCAAUACAGAGGAGAAGCUGGUCUCAGUAACCAUCCUUUGUGAAUGAAAUGUUGCACAAAUUAGCAUAUCAACAAAUGUAGUAUCCACAAAAUGGCAUUAUUCAGGAAUAAAUGCAAUUGUUUUUUAAACAAAUGCGUUGAUUUAUUUCAAAGUGAUUGAUAACGUUUCAUUUCGUGCUAUUUUGGGGUUUGGGAGUUAAGCUAGAUUUUCUUUAAAACGCCGAAAUGUUAUAUUUAUUUGCAUAAUGAAAUGUAAACAGCAGUGUACUAUCAAAAUAAGGUGGAAAAUAUCAGAAUUCAAACCGAUUGCUGUAAUUUUUUUUUCCUUUGUAUAACCAAAUAAUAGAAUUUUCUUUUUUUCAAAACACAAUCUUACGGGCAUUAUUAUAUUGAAUUAUUAAUUUAUACUUGAAGUUAAUUUCGUGUAUUUUACUUCUCAACGAAGACGUGCCGCAUAAGAAAGUUAAAAUUUCUGCAGAAGGCGAUUUUUCACAGCCUUCAUUAAAGCACCAGUCAUUUGCGGAAAUAUUCUUAGUUUCAUUAAUCAUUAACUUAACCUGGGGAGAAAGGCAAGAUUUCGAGAUAAACAAGCCAGAGAAAGGGUGAAAAACAGUUUCACGGCAGAAUGGACAUUUAAUAAACCACUGUAUUCCUCGAAACGAUUAAGUUCGAUUUUAGAGUUAUACUAUUGAGAAGAAUUAAGUAUCUAUAGGAUAAUUGUUCGACGAAAAACUAUCAUACUGACCUUUUCCUCCUGCUCAAAAAAUGUGCGCGAAAUGUUAGGUGGUAAGAACAUUCAGCCGCCAUCUUGUCUUCGAUGUACUGUUUUACGAAAGGAAAGACUGUCCUCUCAAGGGCGACGGCGAGGCUACAAUAAACUCACUUUCAUUGUAAAAAAAUACCACGACACCUUAAAGAACACGUCUGAGGAACGUAGCACCCAAUACACGUCAUUCAGCUCCAGAAAACAGCCUGCAAAUGCUGGUACUGAACGUAAACAAUUCACAGAAAAUGCCUCUAUGGCACUUCAACAGCCCAUAUUGACGCAUGCGCAUGCAAAAUGCCCUCCUGUUGCGGCGAUGCGUGCCGAGCAGUGCAAGGUGGAUUGUCUUUUUGCGUAUUUUCGAAAUAUAUUUCGUGUUUAUACCAAAGUUAUUUCGAAAAAUAAUUUCGCUUUAACACUGCCAAGGUGAAUCAACACUAACAUUAAGACUGUGCAUAUUGUAAGAGCAAUAUUAUAUCAGUCUGACUCGCCUGGAACACAUUAUGGGGCAUGUGUUUUCUAAGUUGCCGAUGACAUUCGGAAUUAUCUGCAAGGAAAAUUCAUGCAGUCUCUUGGAUUUUCGUUGAAAAGAGAACUGAAAACGACUAGCUUCAACUUUCCUGUAAUCAUAAUAUAAUGGAUCACUUUUUUAAAUGUCUUGCAGGUGUUUUAAAAGAGUGGUUUGUCCAACCCAUGUUGGACAGUGGCUUUUAUAGCGGCCUAAAAAAGGAAAUCGACGAUGAAUGGAAACAUAAACAUGGAAAGAACGUCAGUGAAACAAUAAAAGAAUACUUGGUGACCUUUCUUGGAGAGCCAAUCAAUAAACUAUUGAGGUAAUGGACUAAAGUUAUAAUUCUGGGAUAUUAACUUUAUAGACCGUCAUUAAUCCGUCACAUAUGGUAUUCGAAUCCAUCAAAAACCGACCCUUUCAGCAAAACUACAGGAACGAGAAACACACUGUUUAGUUUCAGAAAAUAACCAUUCCUACCAAAUGAAUGAUUAGCCUUAACUCCGCAGAGUUAAUGAUCCUUGCUGCUGUCUAAAAAGAAUAUAGCAUCUAGCCUGAUAACAAGGAUUACCGUGCCUGGGAUUCAAAGAAGACGCUUUAAUGGUUACCUUGCCAAAUUAAAACUGCACAAUCAAAUUGUUUUAGAUAUCUUGAAACAGAGCACCUCCGUCACUGCGUUCCCAGCAAUGUGUCCAGCGGUUUAGCUAACCUCCCACUGAAGCAUGUUUGGUUCGAUGGCAAAGAGAACAAGUCCUGGCCAACCAAGCCAGUACUGCCUACCGGUGAACGGCUGAACGGAUCGCAGGCCAAUUUAAAUAUUCUCUCGUACUUCACAACCAACAGCCUGACACCUUUGGAAGUGUCUAGCCUUGGUACAGAGCAGCUGAACAUUUUUUACCCAACGGUAAGUUUAAAUUGAAAUAUAUGAAAUGAAUCAUAUUUUGGAAAGUUUAAAGUUUGUCUCGCAUAUGUAUUUACCUUUUCAUUACGAAUUUUCAGACGGUUCGACGGAGUAAUAUAAGUCGAGUAUAUAAUUUAUACUAUUAUUCAUUCCGAAUUUAUGUCCGUUUCUGGGUGGCUUUUAAAACUUCCCCGGCUAAUUCUUCAAUACCCGGCCAGCUACCAUUUAAUUACCAAAUUUGAAGACGUUUGCAUGCCCAUAUCAUACCCGCUUUCAUCAAUCUCCUUCACAACUUGCCCAUCUGGUAGUACAAUUCCUUCCUUCCAUUUAAACAAUUUUAUCGCGCUUUAGUACAAGUACCCCCCACUUCUUUAUCCCAAUUCCAUCCCUAUGAGAAUAUGUUAUCAGAAUAAGAGCUUGUAAUAUAGAGCAAAAGUCCCAGAUUAAAUAUAUGGGUGUCUUUAUUGAUGAACAUCUAAAAUGGGAUGCUCAGCUCCAGCACAUUAACAACAAAAUAACAAAAAACAUUGGAAUUUUAUUUAAGCUUAGAUAUUAUGUGCCUAUAAGUACACUCAAACAACUGUAUUAUACUCUCAUAUAUUCUUAUCUAACGUAUGGAUUAAUGAGCUGGGGUACCGCAUACCAAACUAAGUUAAAUAAAAUCAAAGUAAGUCAAAAUAACUGUAUUCGCUGCAUCUUCUUUGCAAAUAAAAGAGAAAGUCCCACACCGUACUUUACACCAUUAGAAAUCUUAAAGUUGGAGAAUAUCUUUAAAUUAAAAAUUGGCGCUCUUGUGCAUAAAAUUCAAUAUCAAAAAAAGGAUACACCUCCUGCCCUCUAUGACUUAGUUCAACCGGCUUCAGCUGUCCAUAAUUAUAAUACUAGGUAUGCCACUAAUCAAAACCUGUGCAGACCGUUUUCCAGAACUUAUACUACUACAUGAGAAAUUACUGCAAUUUGAUUGGCUUAGAGCAGUGGUAUUUCAGCUUACCGUAUUUAUUCGAUUAACCGCCCUGGGCGCUUAUUAAAUUUUUGGACCUUGAGAGUGGGCGCUUAUUCGAGGUGGGCGCUUAUUCGAGGCUGGGCGCUUAUUAAAUUUUCAACAUUUUCAGCAAGUGUAGUAUGUGUAUUUUCCAACAAAACAAUAAAUGGUAAUAACAGAACGCGAAGAUGUAACAAAGCAAGGUUCCUGUAAAAUACUUUGAAGAAAACUCCGUCUUCGAGGAAGUCUCUUAUUAGUAUUUAUUCAAUUUUAGGGGUGGUCGCUAAUUUGAGUUUGAGUGGGAGUGGGAGGAAGGUGUGGUGGGGUGGGCGCUUAUUCGAGGGUGGGCGCUUAUUACCUUUUUCUGCCUUUAGGAUGGGCGCUUAUUCGAGGUGGGCGCUAAUUCGAGGUUGGGCGCUUAUUCGAAUAAAUACGGUAAUUUGAAAUACCUACAUGUUAAAAUUACAAACCUUUUUUGGUCAGUAGUAUAAACAAAUAAUAGCAUGAUUUGUACGUGAUUUUUGGCAUAAAUACCACUCGUGAUAUUUCAAAAUUGACUCAAAUUUUACUCGCCUAACGGCUCGUGAAAUUACGUAUAACAAUUUUGAAAUAUCACUAGUACUCAUGGUAUUUAUACCAAAUAUCACUACAAAUCAUGCUAUUACCUAUACUAAUUAUGGCCUAGCAAGGUUUAGUGUAGUGGCAUCACAGACCUGGGAAGCUACACCUACGAAAAUUAAGUAUCUCCCCUUGAACAGUUUUAAAAAAGAAUAUAAACUCUUUCUACUUGACAGUCAGGCAUCUUGAACAACUCUCACCUGUUACUUAGUUCUAUUUAUUUAAUUAUUUAAUUUAAAUAGUUUUUUUUAGUACUGUAUAACCUCCACCCAAUUGUAACUGCUCUGUGGUAGUAGCCAACUCGAAAGCUUGGAUACUUUAGCUGCUACACACUCUUUUCCUAUUUUAUGUUUAAUUCAAUGUAUAGUCAGCUCUGUUUUUUACUUCUUCCUUUUUUUUCCUUAUUGUUGUAUUGUGAUUGAAUAAGUGUGAAUAAAUGAACUUGAACAUGAACUAUGUCCAUGGUAAAUGUAUCAACUGUCUGCACAAGGGAGUCAAUCUGUUCGUAGGAUUUCCCAAAAAGUUUAAGGUCAUCUAUAAACAAAAGAUGGUUGAUCCAUGUACAACACAAAAAGCAAUGAUAAAGACUAUCCCCCUGAAAUAUCCCCCUAUUGUUAUUAUUAUUAUCAUUAUUAUUAUUAUUCGUAAUUUCCCUUUUUCACUUUCAGGACUGACCUACCCAGGAACUCUUUUUACAAUUCAUAUUAUUCUAUUCUCUGUAGCCUUAAAGCAGAAGUUACCUUAGGCAUUUGUGACGCUCUCCUAUUGUUUCUUUUCUUAAGAUCGUUGCUGCUGCUAAAGAAGUGACUGGGGUACCAGACAAUGAUACUGAAGCUGUGAUACAGUUCAAACAGAAACUUAAUUCAUCAGAAAUGUACUAUAACACUCAACCAUUCCCCCAAAACGAGUCUGACGAAGAAGCUUAUAAAAAAUGUAGGGAUAUUGAAGGGGCAAAGACAUAUUGUCCAAAACGCUGGGAAGCCUUGCAGCUGUGGCUUGCUGAUUCAAGAAAGGUACUAAUAAGGUGUUAAUCUAACAAAAAACCAGGGUAUUGUAAGGAUAAGGGUAGUCAUGUGCUUUAAUAUUUAUAACGCGAACGGAAAUGGACGUGUUGGAGAUGUGUGUAACCACACAAGCAAUCCAUGCUCACUCAUGUUUCUUGUUCGAAUCGGUUUCAGGAAAAAACAAUUCUUGGCAGACUAAUAUCCAGAUCCUGGAUUUGCAAAAGCUUCCUACUUUCUUAAGAUGUAGAUACAUGUACAUCUAAUGUAUUGUUUAAAGGAUGGUCUUAGAAAUCCAGAUGCGAGCUACUAUUUAUCAUGAUAGAAUUAGAAAGAGUGGCAGGAAAACACAGUUGAUUGCUAGAAUUUGCUUGUUUUGUUGAAGGUGAUGAGUCUGAUAGAGCCCAAGACUCUUCCAAUGUUCUACUUCACUAAAGAAAAUGCCACCACGCCUACUUGCCCAAUUGAAAUGAUACCAAUUCUGGAUCCAUCACGUAAAUUUCAAUCUUACGAACCCAGUGAUGCAGACUGCACCAAGAGCGCAAAAUACGGUGCUCCACUUUUUAAGGAGAACUUAGGUCCUAAAUUCGAGGAAUAUGGCGCUAGUUCUAACAUGCUGAGGCCUGGAUGGCACACACAGGUAAAAAUACGCUUGUACGCAUUCUACGGUUUUUAGUUUUCAUUUACUGAGUGCAUUUUUAUUAAACGAAUAUGUUUCUUCCGCAUCUUAAAUGACUUACUAAAUAAAUAAAUUGAUUAAUUAUUUACCAGACGCACAUUCAUACCUCAGAUAAAUUAAGGCAUGGGCAACCAAUGAUUCAGUGAAAAAGUGAUGGGGGGUGGUCUAUCUCUGAGCACUGAAGCACUAGAAAGAUGAGACUUUGCCAGAUACAUACAUGUAUGGUUUCUGUAUGCAAAAAUUGCCACGUGAACUCCACACGGCCAGAAAACAAUAAAAAGUCACAAAAAUGGCAAAACUUUUUGUUGUGAGUUAUUAAACCAGACUGGUUUAGGACAAUGUGUAAUGCAAGCGACUACAAAAGUGUGCUUGGCCUCUUACUGUUUUAGAAAAUUAACGGUUAUUCCAAACUAGACCCAGUCCCCAAAGCAGUUUCAUCAGAUUUUAACGCCUUCGCUUUUAAGACACAGGAAAAAGUGUUGCCGUUUCAAGAACAAGCUUUUUCAGCCGAUGGAGGUCACGUGAUCUAAUUUGCAGAAUUUUAAAGCACGAACUGAAAAACUAAAAAUGUGUGUAGCUGGUAAACUUUUAUGCGUCUACAUCUAAAGCUGUUAGAUGUAGACCACCCCCUCACUUUUGAAGUGAGCGAAUUGAGGCAAAUUGAGGCCCAUGCCUUAAUUUACCUGAGAUAGUAAAACGCCUGAACUGUUACCCAAUCAUCGAUUGAUAGAAAAUGAAAAUAUCUCGUGAUCUAAAAUUAGACCAUACCUUUUAAACGUCAGAUGCAGGGCAACAUAGAACAUUUUCAGGAUAGCUGCGGUGGUGUCAUUGGCUGGCUUGAUGGGGUAUCUUCGAACACUGCGUUUACAAAAGGCUGGAAUGCGUACGCUGAGGAAUAUAUCUUGGAUGAAACAGAUAUCUACAACAAUAAUCCAUUGCAGAAGUAUGGAAUGCUGAAAUGGGAGGUAUAAAACUAAGUAAAGGCAGGAACUUUAACAAGGAAGACACCCAGUUGAUUCUUGUUGUAGCUAAGUCACAAUAAGCAAAAUAUAGAGGUUUCAUCGUUGUUGGUGGAAAGGUUGUUCUGGGUCGGUUAAUUCAGAACGGUUGAGAUGUGAUGUUGCAGUGCUGGAGAGAACUGUAAGUCCAGUGAAGAUCGAGCAUUCGAACUAAUGAACCUGUUUAAAAGUUUCAGGUGGUAGAGAAAGAUUAUUGAUAAUUUUAUGCAUCUUAAGUAAUUAAUAUUGUACAGAUUAUAUCACGUAAAUUGAAGCUUCGAGAAAACACGGAGCGGAGACGUGGAAACGUGAAUAGGCUUUGUUGCUUCUCAGAUGCAAUGCUCGACACUAGCGGUAUAGACUGAGACAGAAACAGCGUUUUACCAUGCUGGGGACUUUUUUCAAGCUGAGCUGCCAACAGAUUCAGUGGGGUCGUGAUAGGCACAAAAAGUUUUGGAAUUCUUGGGGCUAUAACUUUGCUUCCUUUAAAGGCAUGUUACUGAAAUUGAUACAGGCAACAAUACUUGAUUCCAGAAACAUUUUGGAUAAAGCGUUUCUAUGGUUACUAGUAAGGUGACCCUCUAGUGGCCAAUCAAAAAAUCAUAAUUCCCAAACUCUUCUCCUUCAAAAGUAUGUGACCUGAAAUUGUGAUACUUUGCAGAAAUAUAGUGUACAUAAAAUUGAAGAACUUGUCCAUUUGAAUUCGCAAAUUUCAUUUUGUGACGUUACAACUAAUUACAACCCGAAUUGCCUUUUUGGUCAGGAGAGUACUAAUCCAAAAAAUGAAGAAUUUGAAACAAUAACUUAUGACAAUUACAAAAGUGAAAGUCUCAACUCACUAUCUUUUAUAGUUUAAGAGAUAUUGGUAACAUUCCAUGUAUAUUUCCAAAAAUAGUUUGGACAAAUUUGUGGCCAAGUUUUGGCACCUUUUUUUCCAGCGUGUAAAAAGAACUCCAGAGGAAAAGUAAACAUUUGAAGUAUUAGCACCAACCCUGGCUAUGCUGUUCCUGCUAAUAUACCGAUUGGCUAUCCCUCAGAUAAAGAAAUUUAACAAUGCAAAAAUAGGUACCACAAAGAGAGAUCUAAAAUUGUAAUUUACAUACCUAUUUUUUCUUACUUCCUGGAUUUCAGGUGGUGCGAGCUCUCCGUAUUGACCCAGGGUUACAUUAUUUUGGGAUGAAAAGAGAUGAAGCCAUUGAACUCUUUAGCAACUAUACAUGGGAUAAUACUGAAACGGCCGAGAACGAGGUGCGAUUUGAGCCCUUUAAAAGUAAUUGCCAUGCAGAUGUUCUAGGCCUUAAAAAUUGUUUAACGUGAUAUGUAUGUAUCAAUUCAUUCUCUUCUUCUUUCAGUCGUUCAUUCGUUUAAUCAUCUAUUUUAAUCAUUUAAUCAUUUAGGAAACUCAGAAAAACCUUAUGGGGGAGGUUGAAUGCCCCCCCUGUACGUCUGAGGGUUAAAACCAUGUAGUUUGAAACGAUCGCCGCGAUGUAUCAAACACCUAGUAAGCAGGCCGACAGAACGAAAUCUUAUUUCCCGCGUUGCGGGCUACGCAAUGUAUACCAUAACAGAUUAGCGUUUGUAUACAAUGUACAGGCAGCUGUUAAGUAAGCAUACGCUAAGUAUCUCCUGGCGAGUAGUUCCUGCUAUAGUUUGCUCUCUUCCUAUAGUUUAUAUUAGGUCUCAUAUCCACUUCUCAAAUAGAUAAAUAAAAAUGAUUGAAUGAUAAUGUCAACAAAAUUUGUCUCUGAAAUACAUUGCAGAUUUCAUUAAUAGCGUAAAUACAAUUGAAUAAUUUCAGGUGACGCGGUACCAAAGCGCCCCCGGAAGGACCCCCGCUUAUAUGAUUGGACAAUUGAUGAUUAAAAAAAACAGGGAAUAUGCCAAGAAGCAACUGGGCCAGAAGUUCAGUUUACGAGAUUUUCAUUACCAGGUAAAUCAUCUUUGGCCAAGUCUUUUGAAAUUUUUUCAUAUUCUGUGCAAUAUCACGUUCUCCUCUGAAUCUUUGCUUCGUCUAACAAUAAUGACAAUUUUUAAGGGGCCACCAUGUCACUAGUCUCUCUCGCAACCGUUUUUAGUGUCGUCACGAAACGCUCCUCCCCACAUGGGAAGAGCGUUGCGUGACGACACUACAAACGGCUGCAAGGGAGACUACCAUGUCACGAGAGUUCGGUGUUUUAGGUCAAUUCUGUACCUACUGUAAGUUAUCACUCAGGGCCUUCACCCAUACUCAAAAUCAUCACUUGGGGUUGUGAAGAAAAUAUCAGAGAAAUUUCACCGACAAGCACUAACCAUAACAAUAUUUUUGGUGAUUUUUAAAGGCAUAGCAUUAAAACAUGAAGCCAAGCGAAAAGUAUUUUUGACGUGCAGAACUGGGCGAAAAUAGAAAUCAUUCAGCAGCUUUUGUGCACCAGGAUAUUGGAGCAAAAUAAUGUAACAAAGAACAUUGUGUUUUUAUUUAGAUUCUCGCACAGGGUUCUUCACCUUUGGCUUACUUAAGGAAUCACGUGGAAAAGUACGUCGCCUGUGUCAUAAACAAGGAUGCAGAGGGCUGCGACAUUGUCCUGAAUCCUCCAAAGAAACCUCCGCAGGGAUCAAAAUGAACAGGAAACUUGCGCUGAUCACGGUUGUGGAAAGUUUAUGGACUGGCUUUCGCUAUAAGUUCGUAAUAGCAGCGUCAGCUACCAUUCAUUUCUUCAAAAUUGAGCAAUUAAUUCCGUAAUUAAUUUGACAAUCUGUUAAUUUCCUUAUUAGCAAAUAAAACCUUGUUUAAGAAAAAAUUUACCCAUUCUUAAAAUUAGGACAUCGAUCGUUUCACGCUGGGUCAGCUGCAUGCAAAAAGUGUUCUAUUCCAAACUACUGUAGUUUAAUUUUUAACUUUUUAGUUUGAGCAAAGGCUCUGCAGGAUGACAGAACUCGGUAUUUCCUCCCAAGCAAAGCUCAACUGGUUGAGAAGUUAUUGAGCUGUGAAUUUCCCGCCAUUUUGUUACUAAGUAGAACCUCGAUAACUCGAACCCCCUGCUACCCCGCACUAAGUCCCAUUUCCCUUAAAUUUCACCCCACUUUUCAGUCAUUUGUACUCAGUUAACUCGAACUCGGAUAACUCGAAUUCCUCGCUAACUCAUCCUAAAUUUCCUUUACCUUGAUCAACAUUUCAUUUACAUUUACCCCGAUAACUCGAAUUCUGGUUCUGGUAACUCCAAUCGGAUGCCAUUUCAUUAGCUCUUCUUGUUGUGUAAUAAUCGAUAAAACCGCUAAAACUAACGCUACCACAAUAUGAUUUUGAUUGGUACAACGAACAGAUCAUAUUUUAUCAUAAAAAGCAUAAUGAAGGGAUCAUGUUACCGUUUCUGAUGAAAGUAAAAUUUGCACUGCACUAUACACUGAAGUAUUUUACUAUUAAACUAUUUUAUUAUUAAGAUGGUACAUGUGACAUUCAAUCGACUCCGAUAACUCGAACCCCGCUAACUCGAACUGUUUUCAUUUCUCUUCAGAGUUGGAGUUAACGAGGUUUUACUGUCAGUAUUUUUAUAAACAUUAUUGACCUUUAAUGUCAUUUCUUUGCAACCAAAUGAGGUUUUCAAAAACUUUUUCCACAUUUCAGUUUACCUCUGAGUACUCUUUAAAAAAUUGCUGACUUGUUUUGUUUAGAAGCCGAAAAUUAUUUUUUGCUGUCAAUCUUAUGACGUCGGUUUCCCCCCCAAAAAACGUUAAAAUCCAAAAUCCAAAAACAUACGAUUGUUGGGACUACCAAGUUCUAUGUUCCUGAAAAUUCUUAGCUCAAACGGAUAAAAAUUGCAAAACUAGUUUUGAAAGAGACCAUUUUAUGGUUGUAGCUGAACCGCCAACAGGCUCAACCAGUAAAUGCACUUCACCCGAUAUAAACUAAAAAUCGAUCAAUCGCUCUCUGAUUCCUUAGGCGUAAGAAACACUAAGUUGAUACACUUUCUUUUUUCGUCAAAAACUAACGGCACUUUCCUUUAAUUCCUGUAAAAAAGGGUCAUUAAGUGUGUAAGGUCAAUAAGCUAUGAUAUAAAACUAAUAUACUGAUUUGAGAAAACUCAGUUGGCGCUUUUCAAAACAUCUCUCAAACAUUUUGCAUUUAUCAUAUCAUUAGUGUUUUUUAUUAACACUGAAGGCAACCUAAAAGGUAGACGUCCCCAUUAAAAGCACGCUGUAGCUUUCUUAUAUGACUGAUGUUACGGAGAUGAUAAAAAGACGAUUUGCAAAUACUUGCAAUAUGUUCGUUAAAAAGAAAAUGAUUGUCAAUAAAGAACACCAAUAUUUCUAGCCUGCCGUGAGAAGCGGAUGGACUCACUGACGACAGAUGUCUUGAAAGAUUGGUCUAGGUAGAUGUUUAGCGUAGAUUACUAAUAAUUCAAUCUUAUCUUUGUUCAGUGUAAGACGGUCAACCAGCAUCCAGUGAUCAAUCUCAUGUACACAACGCUCAAUGUUAGACACAGCUAUAAUCCCUAACACCAGGUUUAGUUGGUUGAAAGGACAAUAAAGUUGUGGGUCAUCAGCAUAAAAAGAAAAACUCAAGUUGAAUUUCUUAACAAUGUCGGUAAGCGGUGAGAAGUGUAAAGAAGGUACAAAAUGGGUCCCAAAACAGAUCCUUGUGGAACACCACAUCGAAGAGCAUGUUUCAAGAAAGGUCACAUACUAUAUGCGAUAGGACAGUUAAGAUUGAAACCAUAAUUAUAACGCGGUUUGCCGGUAACUCCAAAGCGCUCUUGUAGGCGAGAAAGGAGAAUAUCGUGGUCAACCGGAUCGAAAGCAGCAGAGAGAUCUAGAAGUAAUGAAAUUACCGUUCAAUAGCUGUAAGGAUGUCGUUACGCACGUGAAUGAGAGCCGUCUCUGUGCAGUGAUACCGUUUGUAGGCUAGGCUGACUGAAAUGUCUCGUUCAGAUGUUUUUGUUAAAAUAGAAGAUCAGUUGGUUAGCAACCAACUUCUCAAUUUCUUUGCUGAUGAAAGUAAGAUUUGAAACAGGACGAUAGUUUGAAAACCGCGUAUGAUCCAGUGAAGUAAUUAUGGAGAGAGCGUAGCUUAGCAACUUUUAAUUGAGAGGGCAUUUGGCCAGAUUGCAGUGAAGUAUUAAUAAUCUUGGACAUAAAUGGAAGCAGUGUACCCAGAGCGUUUCUUGUGACAUAGCUAGGAAGAGGGUCAACAUCACAUGAUUUGGAAGAUAACUUCACAACACUGAUUGCGGACUUCAUCAACGAUUACCAUACUGAACUCAUCAAACGUAUAAGGACACACCCGGUCGACUUAAGAAACUGGGUGGACGCGAGCAGCAUCUAAAUCGACCCGUAUUUUAGUUAUCUUAUCAGAAAAUAUCUCGACAAACUUAUUUGCGAGCUCUAAAGACGAGGUGCAGGGCGGAUAUGGUGUAUUACACUAUGCAAUCGAUAAGAAGUUUAUAGUCCGACUGAUUAUCAUUGAUUAGUACAGAGUGGAGUGUAAUAAGUUGUUGACGACACGGCAUUGAUCAACCGGCGAUAAAUUAGAAGUUUGAUCCUUCGCCAACGCCGUUCCAAUCUCCUGGGAUAUUUUUUCGAGUUGUUUAUUUCGUCGGAAUACCAAGGUGCAGCAGGACGCAGAUUAACGGUUUUGAGAGGAUUAUGGAUACUUAGUAAGGAACUUAGAAAGUCGUUAUACUGAAUGAUUAGAUCAUGAAGGCACGGAAGCUGCAUAGCAAAAAGACUCGGAAGACUAGAGUUUCGUGACAUCAGAACCAAAAUAAUCAAAGUCAAUAGAACGAAGCUUUCUAAACGUAAUGACCUGUAAUGAGCUUCUAGUCAAACGCUGGCUUUUUGAGCAUCAGGUAAAAGUGAACGGCAGCGUGAUCAGAUUUAACAAAAAGGAAAACAACGUCAUAAUCAGAUUUAGUGAUAACAAGAUCUAGUGAUCAGAAGAUCCACGGUGUGACCUUCCUUCGUGCGACCUUAUUGAAUUCACCAUUUACAGUCAAGCCAGGUUAAGCGUACCCCCAAGAUUCCAUUAAUGAAACGACUAUUUGAAAAAUGAAACCGUUAGUAGUUGCCGCAACCAGUAUGAAAUCCAAAUCUGCGUUCCUGCAUGCGUAAUAAGCAGUGAAUUUUUUAAAGAUAACUUCACUGCAUUCGAUCAGAUUGAAAAUCUUUGAAUUGACAAGCUUGCUUUGAAGACAUUCCCAUCAAAUUCAAGAAUGGUGAUAUUCACAAUAAAGACGGAUUAUCCGUCUGAGACGGGUUAUCCGUUGAAUAAUUAGCGUCAGACAGAUAAUGUGUCUUAAUUUGAAAAUGGAAGGGUCUUAAUUUUGGAUGGACAAUCCGCCUGAUUUUAUCCCUGUUUUUCCGUCAAUUUUGACGGAUUUUGAAGACAGAUUAUAAUACCUCGCGUUUCAAUUCCCUGUUCAUUGCACAAGCGGGAACGCAGAGACGAAUCUGAAAUCUACUGCUAGCACUUUCUAACGGAUUCAACUGUGGAAUAAUAAAUUCAUUAAUAUUGGGGAAUACGCUCGGCAUGGCUUGACUGUGUAAACAUUUCCCAUAUAGCAUCUUGUUUACGCCUCAAAAUUUUGCAUAAUCAUUGUUUGCAGUUUUUCCUGGGUAUUGCAGUCGUCCCGGGAGAAACUAAAGACAAUGUUUAGGCCCUGUCCACACGAAACCUUUAAAUCCGGUCAUUCAUCCGCGACAUAUUCGUGUAAAAAAUAUCUGCGGUUUUAAAAAUAUCAGGAUUGGUGUGGACGGCGCCUUAUAGAAAUUUUAGUGGGCCCUCGGGAACAAGGCAAAUUAUGCAUGGGCAAUGUAAAAAAAUGGUAAAUUGGGUGUAAGUCAACAAGACUGAAGGUUCAUUUAAACGCGAGCAAAUGACCGUUCACGUUGUCCAGGUUUCUGCAGCUGCUAUUGGUGAAAUUAUUUACGGUCACCAAAAAGUACUUUUCCGUAUUGGCGUUCCGUACUCCCGUUCUGUCAACCUUUUGCAGCACAACUUGCUUCCCUCGACAAAUGACUCUUUGCAGUGAAUCUCAGGGUCACUUCUGCUGAAGACUUCAGAAGUGGCUGUGCUGUUCUUAAAGUUUCUCUCUUACACACACAAUUAAAAACACACACUCCGUACAAGUUCGCAGCAAGGUUAUUACUCCUUCUUAAAACCUACGACUUCAAAAUCCUAUGCAAACGCAAGGUGUCGAGCAAAUAAGAGCUAUUGUAAAAAGUCUAGUAAUUAAUUAACAGUUAGAACGGCUUCCGAUUAAUAUGGCCUUUAGGGCACGUACUAAUUUACAAUUGAUCCAGAUUAGAAAUGAAUCUUUUACAGAAUUAGUCAUGCAAUGAAUAACAAAAUUACAAACUACAACAAUAUAAGUUCCGUAAUCGCGUCCUACGGAAAAAGGGCUUAAACAAAAGAAAUCUGCCUAAAAGAAAUAACUAUUGAUCAUUAAGCAUUCUAUGACAGGUGGGAACAAGGUGUAUUAUGGGCAAUGUAAAAAUAUGGUAAAUUGGGCAGGUGUAGGCACAUUUGAACGAAGGCAAAUAACCGCUCACGUCUGUUUACUUAACAAGUAACCAAUACUUAAAUUGCGUGAUUCAGAUAUUUCUAUCGAUGACAGGAGAACCGAGGGAGGACAGCAAGAUGGUGGGUGACGAGAAGUUGAAGUUGAAGCAGAAGUCGACUGGGAAAAUUCUUUUGUGCUUGCUCGCUGCCAUUGCGAUAAUCGUUUUAAUUGUAGGAAUUGUUCUAAUCGCGCUGGCUGCAAAAAAGAAGGAUUGUGAUGAAAAGAGCAAAAACGAAGCUGCUGGAGGAGGUCCUAGCGAGCCGCAAACAUCGUUUUGUGAUUACUCGGAGGAAGCAAAGCGGAUCGACCUGAAUGGAAUCAUCUUGAGGGCGAAGAGGAGUUAUUACGAGAAUCACCCAUUCCAGUUGACGAAUGAUCCUGAUGCAACUCGAGAUGACAUCAAGGAGAAGUACACCGCUUACAACCCAACACCAGAAUACAUCAAACAAGUCACGGAUGCAGCUUGGAAACUAUUCAAAGAAGUCAAUGAAACCAAAGUGGAGUAUGAGAAGCUAAAGCCAAGAGAAAGAAAAGCGUUAUCACAGCUCAAGCACUAUCUAAAGACGGUGUUCGGACAGCCGUUUGAUAUGAACUAUUACGCCGGGGACUGGAUGAUGGGACCAACUUUCUAUUGCAAACAACCGAUCUGCGAUGUCGGAAAGCAUUUGCAAGAGAUGCUCAAAAAACUCAAGCCUAAAACGCUGGAAGACAUCGACGAGAUAGAGAGAAAGUUAAAAACUCAUAAGGAUGGAAUUUUGAGGUAUAUGGAAAACGUUAAGAUGGGAAAAUUACACGGGAUGGUUUAUAGCGAAGAAGCUUGCGUUUCUGGACGGAAUGCCUUGAAACGGAAAUAUCUCAACAUCGCCUCACGUAACGAAACAGGUAAGUUUCUGGUUCAAUCAAUGAAUUGACCGGCCCUUAUUAUAAAACGUUUACUUGUGAAAUUCAUUUCCCUGUAGUCAUUAACUGAAUGUUUAUAGUUCCAAAGUUGUUUGCACAUUUCACUAUUGAUCCCGUAUGACCACUUUCUUUAACUCCCUGACAUUAUAAUACAACUUAUGACCAUACAGGAGAUCACUUUCGAAGGAGUCGGAUUUAUUACUCAUUCUCAACACCGACCAAUAUGAGCGGAAUUUAUACAGGCGCAAUGGCGUGUUACUUUAGAGCCUGAUCGGUUAUAAAAUGAUAUAUAUGGACAGGAGCCGGCUCCUGAUAUGGAACAUUUUUCACAGAUGGUCUAUGAAAUUUGUACGUUUUUUUCACUCUUCAACAAUCUACUAGGUUAAAAAUUACAAUUAAAAAAAUCCGGAAAAAUAAAGUGAGGCGUGUCGAGUGGCCAAUAUUGCCAAUACGCAUCACAACCGAGUGAGGAACCCGGGGGGACGGGGGGUACUCCCACACAUAACCUAUACGGGUAUGUGCCGCCCAAAGGGGUCGUGAUUUUGAAACUCCUGAUUUAGAACGGGGUAUCCAUUUCAGAGGCGUUUUCUAGAACGGGGUAUAAUAUUUCGAACACACGAAAGCUCCACUUUUGUAAGCAGCCAUUUGAAAUUAUUCAAGGACAGAUUGCUUUUAAAAAUACGGUUCAAUGCUUUAACAAGCAAACCGUUGUACUCUUGUUGCACCCUAGAACGGAGUAUAAAAAAUUAGCCCAUUUCUAGAAAGGGGUAUCAGUUUUAGGGCGAAUUCUAGAACGGGGUAUAAAAAAUUGGCCCACUUCUAAAAACUGGAUAUCAAUUUUAGGGGAAAUUUUUUUAGAACGGGGUGCCAAUUUGGAGUCCCGGGCGGCACAUACCCACCCAAAAAAUAUCCAAGUGCCCCCUCCCACCCCGAGGUGAGGAAGAGGCAAACCAAGAACCAGACCAAACCUUAUCCCUUGAUUUUUGACUUAAAUUACAUUUCAAUAUUUCCUUUUGAAUCAUAACACCCAAAAAUCGUUAUUUAGUAACUUAGCAGUAAAUCCUUACUUUCUAGUAAAAACCAAAUAGCACCAGUCAGUUAAGGGACAUGGGACACGCAUAAGCACGUGUUCGCUAUGAACAAUACUUCCAGGUGAAGAUCAUGGGCAGAAUUCAGAGUCAAUUUCUAACAUUUGUAAGUCAUUGUUCAAACAAAAUUGUGAUGGUAGCGAAGAAAUUUACACUCUAUCAACAAACUGACAAGAGUAAAUAUUUAACAAAAAAAAUAUUUCCGUUGCUUAGCUUUGUCUUAAUUGGCACGUAUAAUUAAACUAAUAAUGAUCAUUAACAUUCUUCCUGACUUCUUAAACGGAAUCUCAAUCCAUCUAUUUCGAGAGACUGAAUUUACAAGUAAAAGAAAUGAAUUAUCUUGAGUAAUUUUCCGUUUGUAUUUCGUGAGUUCUAAUCCCUCCCGGGCUAAAUGUGCAAAGCGCUCUUUUGUUAUCAAAUCUAUUAACGUGCGGGAAACUAACUUAUUGACUUACGCCGCAACUUUAUUAAUAAAUGAAAUGAUCCUUUCUAUGGGGCGCCGUUUGUAAAAAAAAUGAUUUAGCUUAAUUUUGUCAUUUUUUUCGUUAUUUAUUAAAUAAAGUUUUCUGAUAUGAUAUCAUACGUCAAUGAUUUGAUAUAAUAAAUGUUGAUUUCAAAUCAUGCGUUUAUGAUUUGAUAUAAUAAAUUAUUAUUUAAAAUCAUGCGUUUAUGAUUUGAUAUAAUAAAUUCUGAUUUCAAAUCAUGCCUUUAUGAUUUGAUAUAAUAAAUAUUGAUUUCAAAUCAUAAGUUUAUGAUUUGAUAUAAUAAAUCCUGAUUUCAAAUCAUUCGUUUAUGAUUUGAUAUAAUAAAUCCUGAUUUCAAAUCAUAAGUUUAUGAUUUCAUAUAAUAAGUUCUGAUUUUAAAUCGUAAGUUUAUGAUUUGAUAUAAUAAAUCCUGAUUUCAAAUCAUAAGUAUAUGAUUUCAUAUAAUAAAAAUCAUUAUUUGAUAUCAGUAAAACCAUGAUUUAAUUUAAUAAGUAAUAAGUAACCGCGUGACUUGGCACGUGGGUUCCUAGCGCGGGAAUAAUCGCAAAGAUGGCGACACAACCAGAUCAGCUAUCGAGGUCAAUCGCUUCUAGGGUCUCUAGAGCCGUAGAAAGGGCGGUUGACCAAGCUUUGGCAUCCCUUCCGAACAUAUAUAUGCUGCUGCGAUUUGUCGCCAAACCAGAGUCUCAAUGUUACGCCUGUACAAUGAUUUUUGUUCGCCAAGGACGCUUGGAUCGAUGUCACUAACUAAUAAUUUCUCCUCCCGGUGUUGAGGUGUAAAUAGCCCUUUGUUUGUCUCGAUCUCUUGUUCCCUGACGAACUGUCUUGUCGCCUCACUUUGUGAAAUAGAAACAAUCAUUAGCUGUAUGUUAUUUUAGUAUGGCUACUAAAAGGACAUAACAAAGGAAGCAAACACAUCUAAAAGUAAGCCGCGCGUAUCACGCAAUGCGCCAGACAAGCGAAAGGUCCAAAAGUCCUCUUUCCCUCGUAAAUAUAGUCAUAGCUUUCCGAUUAACACGCAAUCCCCUUAACUAAUGAUGCAGUGCAACAUGUAAGAAAUAGAUGAGGCGCUUGGAAGACAUCAAUAAUGAUUUUUUUGUUAAUCAAAAAGGGGGAGGGAGGGGUAUGUGCCGCCCGGGACUCCAAAUAGGCACCCCGUUCUAAAAAAAAUAUCCCCUAAAAUUGAUACCCCGUUCUAGAUAUGGGCCAAUUUUUUUUAUAUCCCGUUCUAGAAUUCGCCUUAAAACUGAUACCCCGUUCUAGAAAUGGGCCGAUUUUUUAUACUCCGUUCUAGAAAGUUCGUAAAUUGAAAUAGCCCUGUUUUUUUAAAAGAUAUUUCUUUAUUUGUUCGACUUAUACAUCAAAUAGAUGCUUCUUCAUAAUCAGCAACAAUUUUAAGCAGAAGAUAAAGCCAUGAUCCACAAUUUUUUUAUACCCCAUUCUAGAAAACGCCUCUGAAAUGGAUACCCCGUUCUAAAUCAGGAGCUUCAAAAUCACGACCCCGUUGGGCGACACAUAUACCCGUACAGGUAAUGUAUGGGAGUACCCCCUACGGAUACAUCAAUGUUACAUACCUCUUGUGUCGCAGCAGCAAAACCUGAAUUGCCAGGAAGGCUCGGAAGGGAUGCCAAAGCUUGGUCAACCGCCCUUUCUUCGGCUCUAGAGACCCUAGAAGCGAUUGACCUCGAUAGCUGAUCUGGUUGUGUCGCCAUCUUUGCGAUUAUUCCCGCGCUAGUAACCCACGUGCCAAGUCACGCGGUUACUUAUUACUUAUUAAAUUAAAUCAUGGUUUUACUGAUAUCAAACAAUGAUUUUUAUUAUAUGAAAUCAUAUACUUAUGAUUUGAAAUCAGGAUUUAUUAUAUCAAAUCAUAAACUUAUGAUUUAAAAUCAGAACUUAUUAUAUGAAAUCAUAAACUUAUGAUUUGAAAUCAGGAUUUAUUAUAUCAAAUCAUAAACGAAUGAUUUGAAAUUAGGAUUUAUUAUAUCAAAUCAUAAACUUAUGAUUUGAAAUCAAUAUUUAUUAUAUCAAAUCAUAAAGGCAUGAUUUGAAAUCAGAAUUUAUUAUAUCAAAUCAUAAACGCAUGAUUUUAAAUAAUAAUUUAUUAUAUCAAAUCAUAAACGCAUGAUUUGAAAUCAACAUUUAUUAUAUCAAAUCAUUGACGUAUGAUAUCAUAUCAGAAAACUUUAUUUAAUAAAUAACGAAAAAAAUGACAAAAUUAAGCUAAAUCAUUUUUUUUACAAACGGCGCCCCAUACCUUUCGUGUUUUUUUUUUUAAGUUCUAACCAUUCUAUUUACGAUGAACCUUUUUAAAACAGGAAAAGGGAAUUUACCGCUGAGUUGUCUCGGAUAUCCCUUUUGUCAAUAUUUUUUUGGCCGUAAUUGCAAACCGCGGAAACUUCAACACCUUGAGCACGUUUUAGCAACGGAAUUGUGAAAAUUGUAGCUUUAAUUGCGACAUUUACAUCCUUCGAUCUACUUUGGAGACUCUUUAGACACUAUUUGCUUUCCCUUUACCAUACCAAAAAGUGAACAAGGCCCGACUUUUAGAAAUUUGGCACAUGGAACACUGAGUCAGCUUUCCGCAUGACCAAUAAUUAUAUUGGGGAUUAAACCAACCUCCAGAAACACAGACUGGGAAUAAAAUCGAAAAAGCGUUGGAUUAGGAAAUUGUGAAGUAACAUAGCCAGUAUUGUCUGCGGCUAAAUCCCUUUGAAGCACAACUUAAACGAGUUGAGUCACGAAAUUUAUCAAAAUUAACUGCCAAGAAACCUGAUGAGUGGAAUAUAAAAAUAGAAAGAGUUAAAAGAAGCUAAGGUAUAAAUAACACAAGUAAUACAAAAGGAGGCGCGGAUGGACAAACUUGAGGAAGAUUGAAAAGGAUUGCAAUUGUGGUUUUUGAAAACUUGUUAGCCUAAGUUCAUUCUUCCUGUUUGUAGCGUUGGAUAUAAGGCUUAUGAGACAUAUUUGUUUGACACGAAGCUGUGAUUUUGUCAUUCACAUGUAAUUUCUCAAAUGGCACAGCGAAUAAGGACGCAUCGUGCUUUUUUAAAAUUAUUUAUUUGUUUUGCCAUAUCUUGAAAUUUUAAUUUUGCUGUCGAUAUUUUGACAACAAACAUAGGACUUCCUGGAAUACGAAGUUCUACCAUCCUGCAAAAUUUGAGCUCAAAUGACUAAAAAGUGCAAAAGUAGUUCCAAGGUUGCAGCUUUUUGCGUCCUAUUGGCCCACCGUGGAAUAAUCAAAUUCAUACCUGGCUGCCAGACUGAGGGGAAUAAAACAAAAGGAAUGAAUAAUUAAUCCCUGAAUCUUAAUGAGAGUUUCUUUGUUUUGUACUCCUCAGCCUCGGAGCUAAGCAUAGUUUUAUUCCAUUAAGUCGCGCACAAAACCGUCAAUAUUUCAUUGCUUCAAGGUAGGAAGCCGUAUGAAAACAGACUUGACUUAGAAAAUUAACUGGUCUGUUAAAAGAGCUAAAUUAGCGAACAAUUCUUGCAAGGACCACUUGGACAAACGGCAGCGAGGGAAAGCCGGAUCUUUUCGUAGAUCAGAAUCAGCAGUAUAAAAUAACACUUAAAAUUGAAGGCAAGGCUGAUCAGACAGCUAAGGGUUACAAAUUUAUUUGCCCAAUAUUUCGACUAGACAAAACUAAACCCCGACUACUCUCACUCAUACGCGAGGGUCUCCUAUACGAAGGAGACCUGCUCAUCCAAGGAUGUAAAUGACAGAUCUUGGUCUCACUUAGGGACGGACCAUUAGAAAACUUAUGGGGGGGCGGGCGAAGUACAAAAAAAAUAUUCGCGCAAGGCAAAAUUAAAUGAAAAAAAAUUCAUGCACGCCAAUUAACCCUAAAAAAUAUUUAUGCUACGGCCUAAAAAAAAUUCAUACAAGGAAUUUGAUAACGAAAAAAAAUUCCUGCCUCUCAAAAAUUCCCCACCCUCCCCAUAACUUUUCUAAUGGGCCGUCCCUUAGGGUAGAUGGUAAACCAACAGUUUUGACCAAACAGGUACACAAACCAUGCACUGUCACCUGUCACAUUACGUUCAAGACAGCUGUCAAUGUCAACAUCUUUAGCGCAAUUAUUUGUUCUUCUGUUUUAGUACAUUUUUAGGGUCAAAUUAAGCCUGGACUACACCCACAUUUAACCCUCGUACGUAAAAGGGGAGGGGUAGAUGCCACUUCCUGCGUUUUUUUAUUUUUUUGUUAUUUUUUUCAAUUUUACCAAGAAGCUAUCCAUUAGGGAUAGCGGAAACGCUAGGGGGCGUUCAAACCACCCCCUCUCCCAAUCCUUUGUGCCACUGUGGGGUAUGAGUUUACAUGUACGUUUAAAGGUUAAGGGCAUUCACAUGAGCAUCCCCGUCCCCUUCACAUGGAAGUACCCCCGAGGCCCAUGGCACAUCUCGUUCAUGUCACUGUUGGGCCUUCCCGCUGAUCAACAUACAGUCCUCGCGGUUAUACGUUGAUGCUCUUCAUUAGUCAUGGACUCGUAUAUUAACUGUUUUGUCUACUUCUGUCGCUGUCUACUCUUAGCAUGCCUUAGCAUCAAACGGGUGCCAAUAUUUUGAACCUAUAUUUCAACAGACAAUUAUCAGCUACCGGCCAUUAAAAAAAAUAAUAACAUGAAAAUCCCUACUUACAGGUGUCUUGGAGGAAACGUACGUGCGAAGCGUCCUCGAUGACAAUUAUUUUUCUGACAUCACUGAGGAAAUGAAUACUACAUGGAAGGGCAAACAUCGUAAAUCUGUGAAGCAAUCUUUUGAUGAAUACCUUGUGCAAUAUAUGGGCCAGCCGAUGUCAACACUGCUGAGGUAAAAAUCUACGAAAAAAAGCGAAAAUAGUCGUCACCAGAUCUGCUACAGGUCUUCCACUCGUUCAGAAAACCGUUGUAGUACAAUCAACUCAUCAGAUAUCGUGUGUGUUGUGUAUGAUGUGUAUUUGUACAUGUCAUUGCUCAAGACUUGCCUCUGAAUGUGGAGCAAACCCCAAAAAAUAUCAAGAAAAGUUGCCCGAGGCGUUUGACUGCCUAUUCUAUCACUUAAUCAAUAAAUCAAUCUAUUUACUUGUUUGUUUGUUUAUCUAUUAAUUAAUUAAUUUUUUUUUAUUCAUUCCAUAUAUAUAGCUGACUAGUAAUGUUACUUUACUAAACGCAUUUAUCGCAGGUAUCUAGAGUACGAACAUAUCUUCUACUGCGUCCCAAGCAAUAUAUCCAGCGGAUUGGCCAAUCUGCCACUGGACAAUGUUUGGUAUAAUGGCAGCGAAAACACAUCUUGGCCGACAAACAAAUCUCUUUCCUUAGCUCCUGACAAGACGUUGAGCGGUAAACAGGCGUACUCGUGGAUAUUACCAUAUUUUACUACUAACGAGAUGACACCGGACGAUGUUCACAAAUUGGGAUAUGAACAAUUGAAUAAGCUUUAUCCGCUGGUUAGUAAAAUAGAGGAAUAUUUUAACAGGGGGGAGUUGCGCCAGUAUCAGUGAAACUGUGAAAAGACUCUCGAAGUGGCCAGUUUUCUUCGCUUGAUCCCCUUCUUUUGUUUAGGAAAAGUACCACGCAAAAAAGUUUCCAUAUGGGAUUAGACGUGCGAACAAUUCUUGCGAGGACCACGUGGACAAACAACAGAGAGGGAAAGCCGGAUCUUGUUUAACUUUGUUCUGAUGUUUCAUCAAGUUUUGUUUCUCUGUGAAAGUCGCGUUAAUUUCCUUCAUUAAUUUUGAAAUGCCACCCUCUCCUUCGCGUUAAUUUCCUUUAUUCGAAAGUUGUUUUCUCUUAAAUUCGCGUUAAUUCAAGUUCCGUUAAUUUCUAAUGCCUUUAUCACUGGAGCGUUAAUUUCCUACAAAAAAGAAUAUGCCUUUAAGUGGAAGCUAUGAGAUAUAGGUACACAGUUCCCCGUUAGGCUUGCUGAAUCCUCACAACACAAGUUUAGCACCUUUCUCCAAGGUCUCCUCGAUGUGUUCAAAUGUCGCCAACGGUGAAAAUGCCGAGAGAGCCACAAAACGAAAUAAUUUUCAAAAAUUGCAAGGUCAACACAGUAAAGAAAUCGUGCUUUUCGCAAUGUCUUCAUACAAAAGGAGGUUAGGUACGGUGUGUCUCUCUAGAGGCCAAAACUCUAAGAGUUUUGUUCUGUUUUCCUCCGGGGGGAAGGGUGCUUCCUAUAAUGGCCCGUAAGGAAAGGCUGUGCCCGAAAGUGGUACCUUUAUUCACAUACAAAGGUCGUGAUUUCAUGAGUUUUUCUAGCGGUUUAGAAGAGGAAAGCAGUGUUAUUAAGUAUGUAUGAAUACCUUUUCUAAAGAAAGACGGUAUAUAAAAGGGGGCUAAAGUUUGGAACUCGGAGAGUAGUAGAGAUGAGUUCUACUUUUUGCAACAAAAUCUGCACACAUUGCGCGUUUUACCGGUCCAAGGCAAAAUUAUUUUGCGCAAGUGACCCAGUUCCCGUGUAUGGCGUGACUCCGCGUAAUUCAUGCAACUUGCAACAACUGACAGGUUUGAACGUGGGUCGCAAAACGCGCAAGUCGCUUUUCCACUUAUGUCCUGGGUUGAACGCAGUCGCCAAGUUUCGCGUUUUUUUAACUCGUUUUACCGCAGCUUAACCGCAAGCUCCAGAACCAAAUUGUUCCAAGCCAUUCAAAGUCGUAUCACAAAAGAGUCACGAUCAAUCAAAAUCAUGGUUUUAUGCUUCUGUAAAAAUUUAGAGAAGAUAAAAAACUUGAAUUAAAAAAUAUAUAUUUUACUUUUCUUGACCUUGACCACUGACGACACUGACACUUUUUUGUUUUGUUUUGUUUUGUUAUUUAUUUAUUUUUUGGUUUUCUUUCUUUCUUUUUCUUGUAAUUGCCCUCUUGUUUGUCACAUUCAGGCCAUAGAAGCAGCUAAAAGCGCUACUAGAAUAUCAAACGAAAGCCAAGCUAUUGAAGCCUUCAAAAGAACGCUCAAUGAUUCCAGUAACUUUUUUAAUGCUGAGGCUUUCCCUGCAAACGAAUCUGACGAAGACGCACAUGAAAACUGUAAUACUAUUGAAAAGGCCAAAAUAAAUUGUCCUCAGCGAUGGAAAGUUCUAGAGAGCUGGUUCAAUGAGGCUAGAAUGGUAAGUUAAAGAAUAUAAAAACAAGCAAACAGACAGCUGUAAGCGAACUAUUUGUUUCACCAUUCCCCUUUACAUUUUAACGCCGUGUGACUGACUAAUAAGAACCCUAAUGGGAGCAGGCCACUCUUGGUCGUUAUCUUUUGCAUUUGCAAACCCUAAGGGGUGUUACGUUUUUGUUAACCUUCCACUGUAUAAGGAAAUUUUUUCUUUGGACAGGUCUGCUCCCCCAAAAUUCUAUUUAAGAAUUGUCCGACGUUUUUUCUUCAACGGGAGAGAUAGAGGCGGGGGGGAGGGGUGGAGCCCACGCGCGCACGAGAGAGAGAGACAAAUAGAGAUGUUGGUGGGCAUGAUCGCAGGCCCCUAGGGCUCGCCACACAGUCUCAGGUAAUUAGUCUGAUGACGUCACUUCCGGAAUUGGUAGAAGCAACUAUAGGGCAUUUGUCAUACUCUUUUACCAAACAACACAUAUAUACUGCAAUAACAUUUUGAAUAGAUUUCGUUGACAUUUAACAAGAACUAGCGUCACAAAACGAACUUAACCUAUGACGCACAUUAUGCUACAUUGCCAUUUUGAUUUGAUCAUGAUUGGCACUAACUAUGUCUUGAUUUAUUUUAAAAACAUUGUUCAGGUAAUGAGUAUGCUGUACCCAAAGAUAGUCGACAUGUUCUACUUUAAUGGAGACAAGCAUUCUACUCCUAACUGUCCAGUUGAAUUACGCCCUGACCUGAACCCUUCAAGUGGUAUACAAAGCUAUGAUGGAAGUGAUCCCAUGUGUUUGGAGCCUGCGCAUUACAACAUUCCGUUUUGGCUAGACAGGUUGGGUCCCAAGUUUUCCGAAUGGAGUAUCAAUUCCCACGAGGCACGACCGGGACACCAUAUUCAGGUAAUCAAGUAGAAGGUACAUUUAGGACAGUGUCAGUAAAACAAGGGGUCGAAUGCUGUUUUAGGGUUAGGGUUAGGGUUAGGGUUAGGGUUGACACUAACCCUAACCUAACCCUGACCCUAAAACAGCAUUCGAACCCGCGUUUCACUGACACCCAAUUUAGGACAUACUAUAGUAUAAGCUCGGAACAGUCUUUUUUCUCCAAGACCUCAUCUACAAAAGCCAUAAGCUAUUUUAACCGAAACCGGCAUAGCUUGCCAGAAAACGUGCCUAAUGUGCAUGCUGAUAUCCAGUUUGAACGGUCAAUUUCUUUUUUUUUUCUGACCUGCUGGUAUGAAGAAUGAAUCUAAAUUUCUAUUGGGGAGGAGUGUUGCGUGACGAGACAAAAUUUGGCGCGCAGGCAAAUGAUCAUGAGCGGCGAAGAGCGCGAGCAAGAGUCAAAGCCGCUCAUUUGUGCAUUCGGCAAACAAAACCAGCUAGAUCCAGCUACGCAGGUUAAUACCCUCAAGGUGUCACAAGGUUAAACUGGCUAGAGAUCGAGUGCAGCGAAAGUCACGAUCAUUUGCCAGCACGAGAACCCUGAGUAAAAUAGCAACAUUUCAAGAUUCCAAGGUCAUGAAUUUUCAUAUUUCAGUUAAUUCUUUGAAGUCAGAUUGCAAUGAUGGAGUAACUUUAGCAUGGGGUGAUACGUUACUGUUGCUUUUAAAAGUGGAGAAAAUUUGAUAUUUAAUCAAUUCUAAUAGACUGCUUGCAGUCCGCCUUUUCUCUUAAAAUCCGUCUAGUUCUCGAUCUCAUCCAGCGCGAUUGCAAACCACGAUGUUAUUAUUAUCUCGCGGCAAGCGGCUUCGCCGCUCGCGUGCUUAGGUUUUGUGUAGUAACUUUGCAAAGAAAAAAUAAGAGACUGCGAGCAGUUUACAAUUCUAAUAAAAGAAAGCACAGGAAACACACCUUUACAAAUCCUCGAGAGUAAUGAGAAAUUAGGCUGGGUUUAUGUUCUGCAUAAUAAUAAGGGUAAUCGGCGUGCCACAGAUUUAUUAAGAUUUCACAAAUGAUAGGGAAUUCGAAGUAAAAUAGUGUGUCAUUUUCUUGCUUGAAGAUUUCUCGAGCUUACAUAAAGCAUUUUUGUGAAUUAAUACGGUUUUGUUUUUCUACGUAAAGUAAAUACCAUUAAGACAUCUGGAAUAAAUGUAUUACCAGUGCAGGAAGGAAAUCCAAGCUGCACGUCGCUCGGAGGUCGAUAAAUCCCGUUGCAAAUCACCUUAAAUUCUUCCCCAUUAUAUUCAAAGAUCAUGUACCUACCUCAUAUUGUGUCGGGUCUACUAAAUCAAACGCUACGCCGUCAGUAAAGCCCUCCGAACACAGACUGAACCAUCGUUUAUCGACCGGUUUAAGACUCGCGCGAUAACCGACACGCGACAAGGCAGGAAGGCGUGACGAACCCCUAAGAAGGUCUGCGUGGGAGGCUAGGGCGCGAACUGACAACAGCAGGGCAGGGGACAUGGGUACGUAGGGCGUCUUUUUUUUGUCUUGUCCUCUAGACGAACUCAGCUGGUGAGAUGAAAAUCAAAGUUUUGUCCAUAUUCUUCCAGACGAAUAACGCUACUGUAGUACUAUCACAGGUACAAGAAAUCUAGACACCCUGCCAACGGUUGAUAAGAUAUCAUGUGACCUCGAAGUGACCAAUAAGAUUGUGCGCUUUCGGGGAAAAAUUCCAGCUAUAAAACAGGAUUAUAUUGCUUACCUGUUAAAUUACAGAUUCAAGGCACCAGGGAACAUUUCAAGGACACAUGCGGUGGCGUGAUCGCUUGGUUGGAUUCCAAAACAUACUACACCGCGUUUCUGGAAGGCUGGGGUCUUUACGCCGAGAAUCCACUGAUAUCAGAUGAUACGGACGUUUAUGUUGACAGACCAAUGAAAAAAUAUGGAAUGCUGAAGUGGCAGGUAUGAACUGAUGUGUGUCGUAUCGACUUUACUUUAAGAAGCCUUAGUGAAGAAGUCUCCUCUUUAGCUUUCCUUUCGCGCGUAUAACAAAGGAAAUAGUGUGCGUGGCUGUGAUUCAAGUUUUGGGGAAUGGGCGCUAACUCUUACUUGCCUUCCGAGGGGUAAAGGGACAGGAAUGCUCGUUGGAAAGUUAGAGUUUAACCCCUAAAGGAGACCAAUCUGGCCAGGUUACUAGACGUUACUCAGGUUUUAUCUUACUAAAAUAGACAACCAAUUACCACACUAUUUUUCUACGAUUAACGGUUUUUUACUUCCGGUCAACCUUGAUCGCUGUGAGUGUUACAAGAGUCGAAACGGCGGGUGUACUUUUCGUGAAACUGUUUCCCAGCAACUCCUUCGGUCACAGAUUCAUAACUUAGGGCUUUAGAGUCUCAGUUCAGUUGAGUUCAGUUCAGUUUCCGGCAGCCGUUGAAUGAGCGUCAUUGGACUUAGGCAUUCCCGAUUGAGCGACACUUGUCCACGUUUAGCAGGACAUGUACACGUUGAAAAAUUACGUUCAUGAAUGAAAUUAUCCAUCUCGUCCUUGGUCUUCCUCGGUUCCUUGUGUCCCCGGGGCGUCCAGAACAUAACCCGGGUUUUCCGUCGGUUGUCUGUUCAUCUCGUCACAUGACCAGCCCCGCUUCUCCAUUUAAAUUUUCUUAUCCGGCGUUUCCAUGAUAUCUCGUACUUUAGAGUUUAUUAUGGCCAGCCUCAGCCCACAAGUUGCUCCAAAAUCCGAACUCAAUCCGAAAUUCUUCAAAAGUUGCCUAAAGCUGCUCGACUUUUCUAAAAGGUUGCUCAAAAAUUGCUCAUUAAUACAGCUAUUUUUGCCAUUUAUCACAAGACAGAUGCCGUUGAUGCAUACACUCUUUUUUUUAUAAGAAUAUAUUUUAUAAGAAUAUCGAGGCUGAAAUUUGCGAAAUUUUAAGAAUAUUUUAAGAAUAAAGCCGAGGCUGAGAUUUUGAAAACGGUAGAUAUAAUUUUGUGUGUUGAAACAUGUGUAAAUACAAUACAAUUUUAUGUUUUUAACUUAACCGCAUAAAAUUACUCCUUUCUCUGAACGGCGAAACUAGCCAACAAAACGAAAAAACCUGCAUUAGCUAUAGCAAAAUGUUCAACGCUAAUGACGGUUCGAUGAACGGUACAUGUAAUACAUGUACAUAUACCCAAAUAAAUUCUAAAACGGAAAUGUCAUAAGCUAUAGUUUAAGAAUAAUACAAGAAUAUUUUUAGCCUAAAAUCGGCAGAAAAAUAAGAAUAUUCAGCCUGGGCCAGAAAAACAACAUUCUUAUAAAAAAAGAGAGUGUACAUAAUAAGACUUAAACAGUAUUAUAGGGCUUUUUAAUUACCAUAAGUUGCUUAAAAUUUAAUCAAGUUUCCCCCAAAAUCAAAAGUUGCUCCAAAUGGAAAAAGUUGCCAGAAAGUUGCUUCCGUCAAAUAGCAAAAAUUGCCAAAACGUUGCCGAACAACUUGUGGCUAAGGCUAACUAUGGCUCGAAAUCCUUGCAGAUUUGAGGGUUAGAAUUCCCCAGCGCCUUACACUGACUCCUCUUAUGAUGAGAUUUUAUUUUGUGUAUUUAUUAGUUUUACUUAUCAAGUUCUCUUAAUUUGUUAGAUCUGGCGAUCAGUAAGAAUGAUUGUGGAUACAGGCCUGCACUACACAGGAAUGAAGAGAGAUCAAGCCAUCAAAAUGUUUGUUGAUCAUGCUUGGGACGAUUCUGAUUUCACUAGGAAAGAGGUGUAAUUAAUUUACUGGCAAUGAUAACAGAUAAAGUAUUGCCCAAACUAGCUAAGAGGGUCUCAGCUUUUUGGCAUUCCAGUAAGCAACUUUCUAGCAAUUUACGAGCACAAUCGGGACAGGCCAUUGGCAGUAACGAUCCUGAAACAAUUGCGAGACACAUUUCGGCACCAGUUCUCUUAUCGUUUUUAAGGUACUCAACGUGAACCCCGAAGGAUUUUGAAGUUAAGACUGGUAGUUUUCAGCAUAACCCCAAAGAUUAGUGUGACGACUUUGCCGAUUAACGCACAGGCGGCCCAAACUCACGUUACGAGGGAAAGGUGUAAUGUAACUCACAUAACAUAGGUGACGCGCCGGUGUCGCGUUACAGGCGACCGUUGAAAAUAUAAGAGACUUUGUAUGAGAAAUAUAUUACUGAGAUCUGCGAAUGCUAAAUAACGCUAAACCUUACUUUUUCUUAAAUGAAAUGAAUAAAAAAGACUUACCUGCAAUGUAUUCCACUGCAUUUUGGUAUCUGUUUGUCGUUUUACUUGUGGUUUUGGCUUUAUUGCGUAACCGCUGUUACUCCUUUCAUAGAACGAAGGGAAGGCAGGGUCCUGGACCAGUCGAAACAAGAAUGCCGUUUUUUUCGCGGAAAUUCAAAUCCGCUGCAAGUUUUUCGGCUCCAGCCCUAGAGGGAAACCUCUCCUUCCUCUCUGGGAGAUCGGCUCGAGAAAAGAUUCAUAAUUUCCCCAUCUAAUCGAGCCAUUUGUGCCGGACUUCGAGGCACGUCUGGUUUUCGUCCAGUGCCUGUGACCACUGAUGCGCUUACCAACUAAUUUGCAUUAUGACAAUUAGCACUUACACGAUACACGAUGGGUGCAAGGGCGGAAAUGACACGUCAACUAAACUCUUGCACUGUGAAAAAGUGAGUCCUUGCACCCGUCAAUUCGUUCUAUGAAAGAAGUAACAGCGGUUACGCAAUAAAGUCAAAAACACCAGCAAAACGACAAACAGAUACCAAAAUGUAGUGGAAUACAUUGCAGGUAAGUCUUUUGUUAUUCAUUUCAUUUGAGAAAAAGUAAGGUUUAGCGUUAUUUAGCGUUCGCAGAUCUCAGUAAUAUAUUUCGCAUACAAAGUAGCCUGCCGUGCAGGCGUUUUUUUGGGGGGGGGCAAAACCUUGUUCGUGUUCGUAAUAUUGUUGUAGCCACCAUCUUUGAUUGUAUGACAGUGGAAGAUUGGGGAGAGUCGAAAUAGUAACCCGUACGGUAGGUGCCUUCUUUGACUUGCCCCAUCUCCUCCUCUCUUGGGGAAGUUUGAACAUGGCGCUUUCGCGACCAAAUUGCGCGCUCAAAGAAAACGCCUGCACUGCAGGCUACAUACAAAGUCUCAUAUUUUCAACGGUCGCCUGUAACUCGACACCGGGGCGUCACCUAUGUUAUGUACGUUACAUUAUACCCUUCCCUCGUAACUUGAGUUUGGGCUGCCUGUGCUCCGAAGGAAAAAAAAGAUAGUACUGCCAACGUGAGUCGAACCUUUGACCUUCUAGUUACUACUUUAGAUGCUCUACCACUGGCCGGUUAACAGAGACUCGUGGCAGUAAAGAGCACUAAACUAGGUUCAUAAAAAUUGUGAUGCAGUAAGAAGGAUGAUAUUGAUGAUGAAUGACGAGGCAAUUAUUAAUACUAGCUUUUUAACAUUUAACUGGCUUAAAAGCUGGUGAUGAUGAUAAUGAUGUUUUUGAAAAUGAUGAUGAUGGUGAUGAUGAUGAUGAUGAUGAUGAUGAUAAUGAUGAUGAUGAUGGCGACUACAACAUGGCUAGUAAAAACUGUGUUACCUUAUUAAUAUUUAUGAUAACAGGUGACUCGCUACCAAAGUUGGCCAGGACAGUCUACAUCCUAUAUGGUUGGAAGAUUAGGAAUUCUUGAAGCCAGAAACUAUGCAAAAACCACCUUGGGCGACAAAUUCAACCUUAAAGAUUUUCACUUUCAGGUAACUCAGCAAAAUUAUAUUAAACACUCAUCCGACUUCGAGACCCUUUGAUACCCGACGAAGAAUUUCACGACAAGCUUAGUUAAACCUGUGAUUGUCUAGAAAACUGCCAACAACCAUAUCCUUAAGAGAAUAAAUUUCACUCUUCUUUGUAGGUUCUGUCACAAGGAUCGUCACCCCUUGCUUUCCUCAAAGAUCACAUUACGAAUUACGUCGAGUGCGUGAAAAAACCUGACAACGAUGGGUGUUCCGAUAUUUUGAAUCCUCCUAAGAGAGAUCCACCCAAGGACAGUGAUAAGAAAUCUGGAAUGUACCAGUACUUUGAAGCCUACAGGCAUUAUGCUUAAAGUUAGAUCAUUUCCUCUCCAACGGGCUUGUUAGCGAACUUAGAGUACAAAGAUGAUGGAAUUCUCUAUUUUCCAAUUCCCCAUAAUACACUCUGUUUGCCCCCCAAAUUUUGCUUAAACCAUUGUUCUUAAAUGCUCCUGGGAGUAUUGCAUUUUCCCAAGAGCAUUUUAAGGAAAUAAGUUAUGCAAAAUUUGGGGGGUAAACAGAGUGUAUUAUGGGGAAUUGGAAAAUAGUCAAUUACAAAAUACAGUUGAAAGGCCACGCACUAAAGAAACUCUCACUUUAGAGCAUGUAAUUAAAGCACUUUUCAAUUUAUGUCAUAGCUGGCCAGCUGGACAGGUUUAAAAUUUGUUUUACGAAUACUUCUGCUCCGUUAACUUAAUUUUGCCUAUACAUUGCACCUACUGCAACACACAUUAUCAGAAACCUUGCAAUCAAGUUCAAGUUACAGCCACACUCUGAAACUUCCUCGUACAGCAGACGUACUGUAUUUGCCAACUUUGCCGGUUUUUUAUUGUUUUUGGCUGAAUAAAAAAUAGCUUGAAAUAAUUGCAAAGUGCAAAUGCAAUAGCUUUACGCCUAUAAUGCAACUAUGUCCACCCUGAUUUAAGUUAGAUCGUAUGUUCCCUUAGUUUAUUCUUCAUUUUAAAAGAUAUUUAGUCAAACAUGCAUUAUAUAUCUCUCAAUUACCCUGCCUCAAUUCUUCUCGAAAAGAGGAAAUUUUAUUGAGUGACAAAUUCAUUGAUUUCCCAUUUUGUUAUAAUCAUCCUUUUAAUCGACUGCUUGCCUUUUCAAUUAUCAAACUAAAUUUAACGCCCUUGUUCUUGGACCAUUGACAACACCUUCGAUUAAAUAGCUUUUUUAAUCAUUCAUAACUUGUAUUCGUAUCCUUUCUCACUUUAUCAUUUGCCCACUGUCUAUAAAUAGUUGUGAUUCUAAUGGUAGUUUGCACAUAAUAAAGAACUCUUUUCACUUUUCAACAUGGGUUUGGUUGUAAAGUGAAUCAGACUCGAAAUACUAGUUCAUUUUGAAGGCGGUUACGACAUAUGUUAUGUCACGCAUGGCCUAAAUUUCUCCUUGCAAACUUCAGUGUCCCCUCUAGAUCGAUUAAGCUGACUAAGG